UCUUUUUUUCUUUUUCUUAAUUGAGGCUGCAUGGAGAGAGUAAACAGCUCUACUCUUCCUCCUGGAUUUAGGUUUCAUCCAACUGAUGAGGAAUUAAUCAUGUUUUAUCUCCGAAAUCAAGCCAAAUCCAUGCCUUGCCCUGUAUCGAUUAUCCCAGAAGUUGAUAUUUACAAAUUCGACCCGUGGGAUUUACCUGAUAAGGCAGAAUUUGGAGAGAAUGAGUGGUAUUUCUUCAGCCCACGAGAUCGGAAAUAUCCCAAUGGUAUACGGCCCAACCGAGCAACAGCAUCGGGGUAUUGGAAAGCGACGGGUACUGAUAAAGCCAUCUAUAGUGGGUCUAAGUACGUUGGAGUGAAGAAAGCUCUGGUGUUUUAUAGGGGUCGGCCCCCAAAGGGAGUCAAGACCGACUGGAUCAUGCAUGAAUAUCGACUCGGCGAGUCAACCUCGGGUCCUAAAAGGAUUGAUGGGUCUAUGCGACUAGAUGAAUGGGUCCUCUGUAGGAUCUACAGGAAGAGACAUGCAUCUAGAGUUGUGGAGCAAAAACAAGAGGAGCCAAGCACUGAAAAUGUGACAUCGAUUGCUGUGGAUGAUAGCGAUACACAACCAUUAAAAUUUCCAAGACCAUGUUCGCUGUCUCAUUUGUUAGAGUUGGAUUACAUGUCCCGCCUUUUAGGUGACCAUGGAUUGAAUUGGAUGGAGGGAAUUGAAAUCAUGAACACUGCAAGUGGCAGCAGCGAAAUGGAUAAGACCCAAAUGCCAAACACAGCUUAUCAAUUUGUGGAUUCAACUCAAUUCCAAGCAAACACGAAUACAAUGUUGAACCAGCGAAACUACGGCUACCCAAUAGUGGAGUUGUAGUGAUAUAGAUGUGAUUAGAGAGGGGAAUUGGGUUUUAAUAUAACGCAAUGAUGACCCUCUUUGCCUGUUUAGCUUGUAUAAAGUUACACUUUCUAUAGUAAUUUGUUUGGUUUUCCAUUGGGAAUUGAUAUUA